CAGAUAGAUCAGCAUUUAAAUCUGACUGGGGAAACCGAGACAGGUUGCACUUUCCUUUUAAUACAAAUAAGAUUUUUCACCGUCUUAGCGAAGUAUCAAGAUUCAACAUGGACAUUGAAAAAAUUUUAAUGUUAAAAUUCCUACUACUUUGUCUGGUUAUGGAUUCAGCGCAGCGUGUUCGAAAUGCAUCAUGUGAAAUUGAGGACCGUAACAUAGAAACCCACAGACGUAUUUUACAACACUUUAUUUCAAACGAGAAAGCAAAACUCAUAUAUUUGAACGUAAGCUCCACAUCAUAUAACAGUAUGACUAUGGAACAAACUGAAUGGAACAGAGUUUAUGAUUGGACCUGGAUAACUGAGGAUAACAAACAUUAUUUAAGUUAUCCAAAUGAUAUUGAUGUUUAUACGUUUGGUCUUAUGAGAACUGGCAUCCAUAAACUGAGCCUUAAUAUCUUGAUAAAUAAUACAUCCAACUGUAGUAAGGAAAUUCUUUGGAUACGAGUACACAACUAUCUUCAACGUCUGCGAAACAAAUCAGAAGGCGGAUAUUUCUGUCACAGAAACUUUGAACAUCAAGAUUUGAAAAAAUUCUUUCAUUUAUUUCCGAUCGUAUCAAUUGGGUACGACUUCGAUUGUUUCAAUGGGAAUAUUACGACUCCCUCUCUGCUUAUAAAAACGUCUAUAAUCACUUAUGCGAUUGUCGUCAUUAUAUUUUCGAUGCUUGCAUAUUAUCCUCUAAUAAUAGCUUUGUCAUUGCACGGUCGAAAAAUAAGCGAGCAACUGAAAUACUUAACCAUGGCCGAUUAUCCGUAUACACCUAGAAGGUUUCUGUUAUAUAUUAUUUUCAAAUCUAGUAAACCAAACAUUACAAGAAAGUUGGAUCGAAGCUUUUCCAGUGGAAUGCGUUUAUCUUUUAUAUUACUUCUAGUCACAGGAUUGUCAUACGCUGUGAAGAUAAUUUUAGUCAAUAAUUAUUCACUUUUACCACCCAAUACAGUGAUUUUUCCAUUUCUGUUUAAUGGUGUUGGAUUGCAAAAUGAUAUAAAUAUAUAUGUUCAUAUAUUUAUUUAUACAUUUUUCAUUUGUUUUAGUUUGUUUGCAAUUGCUACGAUAAAUAGUUACUUAAUUCUAUCUAUUGAGUCUAUGAAUGAUUGCUUUGUGUUUUUUAAACUUUCAUCCUUAAAAUGUAGCCUUAUUCCUGUAUCCGAUUUUCUUAAAAUGAAACGGAAAGAAAACACAAUGUCUGCAGUGGUUGUGGAUCGGUUUUGGCUGAUUUUUUCUUUACAAUUUUGGAGUAAAGUAUUUCUUUUACCAUUUGUUGGUCAAAGAAAUUCAAUAUUCAGUUUUAAGUUUCACUUCAGACUAGUUCUAUCUGUAAUUGAUUUUAUGAUAAACGUGCCGCUUAUACUGUUGUUCAGCAUUUUCCCAUUGGUUAAUCAAUGUUAUCAUUUUAUGCUAUAUUUUUUAAAAUCAUGUAGUUUCUGUGUAUGUAAGCGUUAUCCAAACUUUGUAGCAAUAUUAUCACUCAUUUUAACUCCAGUUUUCAUUAUGUGUCUUUUGUAUAACAGCGUGUAUGUAGGGAUGAGCUGUAUCGUUCAAUUUUUGAUUUAUGUUUUCUUAGUUGCAGUUCCUCAUUUAUAUUCGACACAAAUCCAUAUUUUCUUAUUUGUCAUGGCAAUUCUUUCUUACAUGAGCAAAUAUUUUGUGGAAUUUUUUAUGCUCUAUCGACAACUUUUACAAAAAGUAAUUCAACUAAAAAAAUCCCAUGAUAUUUUGAUAAAACAUUUUGAUUACAUCAUUGCACAGUGCUGCCCAAUACAAAUUGAGGUAUUUUUUCUUUUGAUGAAAAUUAUUCUAACAACAUUUUUGCUUCUGAUUAUAUAUAAAACACUAUCUGAAGUCAAUUUCCUAGAUAACCAAUCAUCAAUUAAUUUAAACACGAUAAUGGUAUAUGGCUUUAUUUUCCUGACAUCCGGAAUUUUAGAAAUAUUGUUCUUCGAGAGCAAUACAGACAAAGUAGAAAGAAUACACUUUGAGUUAGAUAACCAAAUAAGAUUAUUACUAAAUGUAUACGAGCCUGAAAACGAGACGGAAUCUGAAGUUGAAAUUGAUGCCGACAAAAAGAUGGGACGAUGUUUGUUUUCCGUUAGGUAUGUGUGUAAUUGGUGUUGCGGGUGCAUGGAAACCCCUGUCACUGAUGAAGGUUAUUGUAGGUGCUGCUAUGGCCUUGAAGAAACGGACUUGGGUCCAAAUGGUGGACCGACAUUCUCAGAAACCCACGUGUCAUUUUGCACACGUGGUAGUCGCAUAAAUGAGUACACACAGAUCAGCUCGACAGAUGACAGUGUUGCAUCAUAGGCAUUACUUAUUAACGUAAAAGCUUUAGAUAUUCUAACUACAGUACACUGUAUGAAACCUUUUUGGAAUAAACUUUUUUUCUUAUGUUUUAGAAAUCACCCUCUAGCAUUAAAUUGACUACCGGGUAGUAUAGAUUAGACUGCUAUGAACUCUAUAUGCUCGAAAUAAAAAUAAUCACGAAUUCGUGCUGUGGCAUUAAAAACAUAUUUUUAUGCAAGUGAAGGAAUAUAUCAUUUAAAUACUAGUAAGGAUAUACGUAGGAAAUAAUAAAUGAACUUUGAUUAAUAAGAAAGUUUUUAAGAUUUCAUGUCAUAAUGGGAAUAAAAGAGAAAGCAAUCAUAAUAUUCCGGGGGGAAACAUUUUAGUUCAUGUGGGCAUUGUGGUUUUAAAAAAGUAUACUGGUUUUACUCAAUAGAACGUGAGCAUUGUGGUCAAAAAAUUAUACUGGUUUUACUCAUUAAAACAUGUAUCUUCAAUAUGGAACAGUAAAUUAUACGAUUUUUAAAAUUUUGUAAUAUACAGGUAUUUUUUUUAUUACCUUGUAAUUUCUUUUUGAUUUGUAUUGCAUAACUGUGUUGUUAAUAAAAGAAGAUUUU